UUUGUCUCCUCCUCUGUAAGAUCAAAGCCAGAGAAAUCUCAAAAAGUUCACAGCUGGUUUUCUGCAUUUUUUUUCUUCAUCUUCUUGUUAAAUUAGUGAACUGAAUUGCUAAAAUGUGGUUCGAAAAGCUCCGAGCUGUGGUUCAAGCUUUGACCAAACCAUCAAGAUGGAAGAGAGCUGUUAAGUGCAAGAAACUGAUCAAGCAACUUCAGAAUCAUGUAAGUAUCCAGAGGAACAGAAAAGAAUCAAUGGUAAGGCAGUCUCGUGCCGACGUUGCUCAGCUUCUCCAGAAUGGACAGCUCCAGAAAGCACUAUACAGGGUUGUGCAGCUGUAUAAGGACCAGCAGCUAUUGUGUGCAUAUGAUAAGAUUGAACAUUUCUGUGUGCAUAUCAUGACUAACAUCUCCCAUGUCAACAAACAGAGUUCCUGGCAAUUGUUGCCCAUUGAUGUUGGUGAAGCAUUGUCGAGUCUAAUAUUUGCUGCCUCAAGAUGUGGAGAAUUGCCUGCGCUGCAUCUGAUCCGAAGUCUGUUUAAAGAACGUUUUGGUUCUGAAUUUGAGGGGGUCAAUGUGCAAUUACGUCCAGGAAACCUUGUGAAUUCUCAGAUGAAGCAGUACCUCUGCAUAAAAUCUGUCCCGGAUGAUGAGAAAUUGAAUUUGAUUAAUGAAAUAGCCAAAGAAUACAAUCUUCGUCUCGUGUUUCAGGAUUCUAAGGCCCAGGAUUACAGUCUCUCAGAGCAGAAAGCUGAAGUUCUGGAUUUGGAAAUCAAGGAGGUUGGCAGUGAUACUGACGAGUGUUCGACGCAGGUGGCUAAGUUGCCAACUCUCGGGAAGGUUAUGUCACCUUGGUUGAUGAACAAGCAGGAAAAUCAUUCAACCAGAACUUCUGUGGACAGUACAUCUCAAAUUUAUGAGACAUCCAUUGUCUAUCUUGAUGAUUUGGAGGAGAAGAAGAUUGGUAGAGAAGUGCAUCAUGGUCUGAAUCCCUCAGGCAGAAGUAGAAGUUCCGAGAAUAAUGCCAAAAGAAAUUGCAGAAAUUCCAUGGUUCCUGGAACUCCGCAUUGCCAUUCCAUUACACAAGAUCAGCGGAGAAGAAAUAAUUGCGGUAUGCUGGUAAAAGAUCACAUUUCUUGGGAUGGUUCAAUGGAUAAGAUGAAUGCGCAAAAAGGGAAUCAUGCUUGUUCACCAAGUUAUGUGCACCCAAAGCUCCCAGAGUAUGACACUGUAGUAGCUAAACAGAAGAAUCUCGAGGCCGAGUACAGGCAGCACAAAAACAUUUCAUUAUUGCUAAACCGUUAAGAGGAUGUAGUAGGUAGUUAGCAUCAUAGUUGUUGGCAUUCUAUAGUCAAUGAAUGCAAUAUGACUUG